AGCAUAAACUCUCCUCCGCUACUAAUGGGUUCAAUGGCAAUGACCAGGACUGCCACUAUUUUUGGAAAUCUCAUUAGUCCUCAAUAUUACAAAACACUUCACAAUUCUCGAUUCGACAACCCCACUUUCAGUUCUUCGGAUCAUUUUGGUCAAAUAGCAUCGACAAAAUGUGGCUUAAUUUUUAUCUCAAAAGUUUUCAUGUAUCAUUCUUCCUGGCACUCGUGUUCACGCAAACGGUAGCUGAUUCUAGUUCUGAAGAAGAAUUCAGUUUCAGCUCUGCAUGGGAAACUUUUUGGUCCGUUUCUUGUGAAUUUUCCGAUCUAGUCGUGAGGAGCAAGAGAUCUGUGCAUCUGGACGAACCAGACUUUGGCGACCCCCUCGAACUGUUCAACUAUUUGUAUCCUCUCGCGGAUGUCAAGUUGGAGGAGGUCACGGCCAGCGAGGAACGGUCAGCCCACUCUUUGACCACGUGGGUGGAGGACCUCGUCGACUUGUGGGAGGCUGAGUGCCAUUCUCGCAGUCGGAAUGGACGGGAAAAACGAGACGCUCCCAACCCCAUAAAUCGGAAGAAAGACGAGAUGUCCAGUCCAUACCGUUCAGUGGACGAUGAUCACGAAGAGGAUGACGACGGCUACACGUAUGAAAAUGCUGGUGACGCCAACGCCACGUCGACAACGACCGCGCCCCCCGCAGCAGCAGGAAAGAAGGAGAAGAAAGUGAUUGCCGACGCCGACACGUUUUUCACGCAGUACGGCGGAGACAUCGAAUACUUCUUCCCCUUAAUCGCAUUCGGAAUCCCGUUCGAUGGAGAAAUCACGUUUCUAGGAUUUCACGGGUUCAAAGGACUGUUCCCGUACAAAUAAUUCUCCAAUUUCAUAGUAACACC